UGUAUUUAUUUUGUACGCUGGAAAUGCUUAUAAUGUUUAAGAAAUAAAUUUACAUUUAUACUGUAAUAAACAAUGUUUUUUAGACAAGAAAAAAAGUGAAAGUGCUUACAGAAAUCAUAAUGUAUUUUGUGUGGACUAUUAUAGAUAAAGAAUCAUGACUGGUAUUAAUGAUGAAAUGAAUACAUUCUUAGAAUACCUGUCAAUAAACGAUCAGGGCUUCGACUGUAAUUCAAAAAUAGACAAAAUGGACAGCUUCCCGCCCCAAAAUAUACUGUCAGAUUCCUGGCAGGCUCCCGAUGACCUCCUGGAAAAUAUAUUUUCUUUGGACCAGGGGUCAUUGAACUUUCUGGAGGAAUCAUUGCCAGACUUCAAUAUACCUACUGACAAUGUAUCACAACCGGAAGGCCUAAGCAGUUCAUGUUCAGACAGUGGAUUAUCAAGCGACCAGGCAGAAUUCGAUUUCGAGCAACAACUGUCUCCGUUCCUUAUCCAAAACUCAUGCGACGAGGAUGUGCCGACAACAGUCCUGGAUCCAAUGAGCCCCGGCAACGUUCAAGAUGUCAUCAUCCAGGACACCAGUGACUCAAACAGCUCCACGGAACAGGACACGUUUGAUAUGCUCGACUUCGAACAAAAUGUCAUGCCUGGUUUCAUUAAUAGCAAUACAUUCCAAAUUAAUAAUGGUAACCUAGGUAGAAAACGGCGUCUCUCCCAAACGCCGCAAGCCGUCCAACCGAAGGUCCAAAAACCGACUAUAAGAUUACCGGCCGCCUCAGUACAGAAACCGCAGCUAGUCGUAAAGGCGCAACCUCAAAAGCCCCUCAAGCUAACGAAUGUACAAGUCAUCAACCCUCAAACUAAAGUGUAUUCCAAACCGGUAGAGAGCGUUGCCCCCCAGCGGAGACUUAUUAGAGUUGCGCCGAUGAAUGGAAACCCCAGAUCCAUACUCCUUCCAGUUACAUUCAAGGACAUGAAGGAUCUCAAAUCCAUCAAGAUAAUAAACGCUGCAGACCUAAAGAACGCUUCGAAUAUCAAAAUUGCCGCAGCCAACCUUCUGUCGCAGAGCAAAAUGCAAGAUUUCAAAAUGGACACGCGGGACGAUCGCGAUUACGAACAAAAUGGCAACCAUUUGGAUGACUCAGGCAGCGAACACAGCGACGACGAUGAUGACCCCAGGGAGACGCAAAUCAACGACGGCAGAAACGGCUAUCCCCGUCUCGUUCUAACCGCCGAGGAGAGACGGCUGCUAGCAAAGGAGGGCAUCACAUUACCAACAAGCUAUCCUCUAACCAAACACGAGGAAAGGGAACUCAAGAGGAUCCGUCGCAAAAUCAGGAAUAAGAUCUCCGCUCAAGACUCCCGUAAGCGCAAGAAGGAAUAUGUUGACGGAUUGGAAGAUAGGGUCAAACAGUGCACGGCUGAUAAUCAAACACUUAUCAGGAGGAUAAAAAUACUGCAGUCACAGAACCAGUCGCUAACGCAACAGUUAAAGAGAUUGCAGAACGUCCUAACCGGCGUGACCUCCAGUUCUAGCGGCAAAGCCCAGCCGGCCACGUGUCUGUUGGUGUUGCUGCUGUCGGUUGCCUUGGUGGCGCUGCCGUCGAUGCGUGAAGAGGUCCGCGGCAAGGGACCAGAUCGUGCUACGUCGCCCGCCAUCACUCGUGCCCUGUUGUCAGCUACCAACAAAAUGGGUCUCGACGAAACCGUCAUAGACGACGGAGAGUUCAACAUGGAUGAACUGAUCACCUUCAACCGAGCUCACUCCGACCACGACUACCAAGUUGUCAAGAGUUCAGAAAGCGGCAAGAUCCUUCCGAACGGAUACGUCGACCUCCCAAUAGACGAAGAUUGGCCACCUAAUCUCAAGAAACGGAUGAAAAAGUUGGAGUUUGAUUACGGCGAUGGGAAGGACUACCUACCGCCAAUUGUCAAGGAAGAAAACUAUCAAAACGCAUACAAAACAACCGGCUCAGCUAUAGAUGAUAACGACAUAAAACUCGACAAUAAUUUCCUAACCAAUACGCUGCUUUCAACUGGACGGAAAUUAGGUGAACUCUUGGAAGCGUUCCCUCCGAUACCCGUCAAGAAUGAGGAUAUUGUCAUUGAGGAGAUAACGGAUUUUGACACGAGAAAUAAUAUUACGGAUAUAAAAAGUUUCGUUGUCAACGGCACUUUGAACGAAUAUUAAUUUAACUGUAUUCGGGUUUUUAGAAAUUGGCUACUAUGUAACCUAUAAAAAAAAUUAAGUCCAAAACUUUAAGACUUCAUUGUUUCUUUAUUAUCAAAUAUAUCAAUUACGUAAUUAUGUCAGAAAGAAUAAAAAGAAAACCAUUUACAUAAUUGGCAAUUUCUGAAAAUCAAGCAUUAUUAUUACAUACAUUUAUUAUAAUUCUAUUCCGCUAUUUUCGCUACGUAUUUUUCCUAUGA